GACGCAUUUCCGCUUACUCAGUGGGAGUGUCGCUGAAGCAGAUCUCACAUUUCUACCUCCUUUUAGACCUUUAAACUCACUCUAAAACAUCUUACCUCGUUUUGUAGACUGUUACACUGCGCAAACUUAAGUCUGAACUACCGCGUUUAGUGUGUGUCACGCAGAAAAGUUCCGGUUUGUCAUUUCCAAAGUGAGAUUUGUGUCGCGUAAUCUACCUUCGCCAAACGCUAACUUUAGCUCGGAGGCUAGCCACUACUUCAGUUUUCAACAAACGCUUACAAAAAAAAUACAACUACAAGUAUGGAUCAAACUACAGUCACUGCUCCGAAGAGCCCAUGGGGUUGUGUCUCUGUAGCGCCCCCUGCCUGCUCACUCUCUGAAGUGAUGAGUGAACAGUUGGCCAAACAACUGGAUGAAGAGAAUGCCCUCUUCAGUGACCCCUCUGACCCAGUGUUGGAACUCCCCCUGGAGGACGCCCCUGACACUGACUCAGAUCUGAUGUUGGCUCAGAUGCUUCAGAUGCAGUUUGACCGAGAGUUUGACGACCAGCUCAAGAGAGAAGAGAGAAAGUUCAAUGGGGACAGCAAAGUAUCCAUUUCAUUUGAGAAUUACCGAAAGGUGCACCCAUAUGAAGACAGCGACAGCUCUGAGGAUGAGGUCGACUGGCAAGACACCAGGCAUGACCCCUACAGGCCAGAGAAGCCUCAGGUGACUUCUCGCAAAGGGUUUGUGGGAAAAGGCAAAAACAUCACAACAAAACAUGACGAGGUGGUGUGUGGACGCAAGAACACUGCCAGAAUGGACAACUUUGCUCCUGAGGUCCAGGUGGGGGAUGGUUUGGGGAUGGACCUGAAGUUGUCCAAUCAGGUGUUUAACUCUCUGAAGCAGCACGUGCACAGUGAGCAGAGACGCAGCGCCCGCGUGCACGAGAAGAAGGAGCAUUCCACCGCCGAGCAAGCGGUGGACCCUCGCACGCGCCUGCUCAUGUACAAGAUGGUGAAUGCCGGAGUCCUGGAGAACAUCAACGGCUGCAUCAGCACCGGCAAAGAGUCUGUGGUGUUCCACGCCAAUGGGGGCAGCCUGGAGGAGGAGCCCGUCCCGGCGGAGGUGGUGCUAAAGGUGUUUAAAACGACUCUGAACGAGUUUAAGAAUCGUGACCGUUACAUCAAAGAUGAUUACCGCUUCAAGGAGCGCUUCAGCAAACUCAACCCCAGGAAGGUGAUCCGUCUGUGGGCCGAGAAGGAGAUGCACAACCUCACCAGACUGAGGAGGGCAGAGGUCCCAUGCCCAGAGGUGGUGCUGCUGAAGAAGCACAUCCUGGUUAUGUCGUUCAUUGGAGCAGAACACAUUCCUGCGCCCAAACUCAAAGACGCCAUUUUGAACGAAGACGACAUGAAGAAGGCCUACCACCAAGUCCUGCAUAUGAUGAAGACGAUGUACGAGGAGUGUAACCUGGUGCACGCAGAUCUGAGCGAGUACAACCUCCUCUGGCACCAGGGAAAGGUUUGGGUGAUCGAUGUGAGCCAGUCUGUGGAGCCCACUCAUCCUCACGGACUCGAGUUCCUUUUCAGGGACUGUAGGAACAUCGCCACGUUCUUCCGUCGCAGAGGUGUGGCAGACGCACUCAGUGAGUUCGACCUGUUUAACGCCGUCUCAGGUUUGGAGCUGUCGGUCGAAGCAGAGGAUGAGGCACACUUCAUGGGCCAGAUCGUGGCUCUGGAGAAGAGGAACGAGGAUCAUGUCCAAAAACGAGGAAAGAAAACAUUUCCUGUGAACAGUGAGGAUGAUCCUCCGCUCAAACCCGACUCUGACGAUUAACUACAAAACUCAAACACAACAAAAAAACUACAAACAAGCGACCAGCACAAGGAAGCGCACUUCCUCAUCAGAGGCCAAUCAGAGCCAGUCAACAGGUCACAUGGCCCGCCCGGCUGACCAAUGGCUGACCGUUGUCUCAGCUCUAUUUUUUUUAAAGGUUUUGUGGGUGAAAAAAGCAGGAAAACAAACGGCCAAAAAGUCAAAUGAAUGAAUUUCAAAUGAAUAUUGUUUACCUGUUUGGUGUCGAAUGAAAUGUGACAUAUGAAGUCAUUUUACAGGUGCUUUUUGGUAAAACUUAAAGAGGAGGUAUUUUGCAAAAGCAUUUUUUUUUUCUUUUAACAUGUUUAUGCUCAUCAAAAACAAUUUUGAUAUUAUUGAAGCACGUUUAUUAUUUUAGUGAUCUCUCCCUUUCCCUUUUCAAACCGUCCUUAUGGUUAGCAGUACGAGUCUGUACAAGGCUCCGCCCACAUGUGCUCCCACACGACAAUUCUCCAUAAAUAUACAAAAACAUGACAAAAAUUGUUCACAGUAACUUGACAAAUCUGAUGUGAUGUGCAUUACUUUCAUUAGUGGGAUGCAGCUGAUUCUGUUGUGAUAGCGCUCUGAAGGGGGAGUGACUUAGCGCUGAGAGCAAAUGGAGGGGGCACUCAGUAGUGGAACUUAUGAAACAUGUAUAUAUGCAAAUAUGGCAUUUUCAAAAUGAUGAAAGAUAACAUGCUGAUUUAAGUAUGUUAGCGGUUAAUCCCCUACAGAAUAAAAAUUCCGCCUCUUUAAUAUUAUAUAAACUCUUGAGUCUCACUUUGAGGGACUCUAGUGGAUGAGGAACUUUUUACCAGCACAUUUUGUUGAGUUCACACCAUGCAAAAAAUAAAAAAAAAAAGAUCAUCUUGGUGUUGUUUUGGAGAAUUCAUUUUUUUAAAUCCUCGGUAUUUCAGAGUGAUGAAAAUUACCACUGUUGCCAUGGCAAUUAAUAGAACUGACUUCUGAAAUCAAAUCUACUGACAUACUACUGUCAUCUACAGAGGCCAUGCUGUUGUGCAGGUCAUCAGAAUGAAUGAAUGAAUGGUUUAUUUUGGUAAAUUUACAAAAUUGAUAGAAUCAAAUCCACAAUCAAAUAAAUAACCAAAAAAGGAAUAGGCAGAAGCUAAGGCUUAUAUUUGCCUAUCCUGUUCUGUGAAUGUGAUGAGACAGGAUGCAUUCUAAAAAAAACAAACUGGAUUGUCAUUUAGCAAGUUGUGCAUUUAAAUCUAGAGUUUGUGGUGUCUUUAUAUUACCUGGGCUCAGGGAGCAUGAGUGUUGAGUCCAGCAGCCUCGAACCAGUUGUUUUUGAUGGUAUAAACACAAUUGGCACAAUUGUUUUUAUGGUAUAAAUGUGUAUAAACAUGGUUCAUUUAUCAGCAAGACUCUGUUAGGGACUAAUAUUUGAAAGGCUCUGAAUGAAAUCAUGCAAGAUAUUAACCCUUGUGUGACUACAGAACAGUUACCCACCCCAUUUCUAUUUGUUAAUAUGAGCAGGAGCAUUAGUUUGUUACAAAAGAACUUACUGUUAUAAAGGCAAAUUUGCCAAGCAGGAAGGUUGGACAGCAACUAUACAGUAUAACCAUAGCAUUACCUUUCCCCUUCCAUUAUAAUAUAGUCCCAUAGUGUAAAUAAGUAUUAAAUUAGCUGGGCUUUUUGAUGGAAAGACACUUCAAUAAAAAGACCUCUGUUCA